CACGAAUAUCCACUCUCCUCCAACGAGAAUAUCUUCGCCCAUCGACAGAAACACCGAUUUCGUUAAGGAGAAUACGAUACACGCAGGACAUACCCCACCACCACGACGACGAACUUACCCUACUCCCACCUCUUCAUCACUGAUGGAGGAAGAACACCCAGGGCAAGGAAAACCUAGGAACGGGUUUCCCGAGACCUUUCGGCCCAGCAUUGGUCGCAAUACCAAUGACCCAACAGAUGAGCAUCGUGAGUUCGAUUCAAUCAUGGAAAGCGAAGGUUUCAGUAUGGUUUCCUUGGAUACAUUGCCAUCAGCCAAGCAGCAUGCACUUGCUUCCGACAGGAAACUGGCAAAGCCGAUACGGAAACAGUCUACAAAUGGCCAGGGGUCUGGUAUUUUGGGAAGGGCGAGAACUUCUGCAUCUACCAUCCACAACGAGGAUAUUCCAAUUACUCGGGUUCCCCAACCGAAUCCAGCCUCAUUAGUAAACAAUCCUGCGCUAAGAUCAUCGUCGAAUUCCCCGGAGCAGUCACCAGACCGUCGUCAAAAUUCGGGAGCAAUACAGACAGCCCCUGAAAAUCGUCUUUCUUCCUCCUUUCUACCUCCCGCGCAGGCGCGGUCACCAGUGCUUCCCCCCGCGCCUAAGAAGUAUGUUCCUAAUUUAGCUAGGAUUAUUCGCGUGGGAAUGGCCCUUGCUGGCGCCUUUAGACGUGAAGGCCACCGGCCGCAAGGACUAAAUUCAUUAUCAAGCUUACAGAGACCUGACGCGGCUGAUGAGGAUUUCGAGAAUCCAAGGAGACGGUUGGAGGUCAUUUUCAGCGACUUGGGAUCAGAGAUGAAGCGAGAGUUGCAUGCAGCCAUGGGGUUUGGUGAGGCUCUCGCAAAAAGGAAGCGAGAAGUCGAGCAGGAACGUGAAAGAGAAGAACAAAGUCAGCAGGCCGCUGCUGCAGAAGUUGGUGGAAACACACAAUCCCCGGCCGAAGAGUUUCGACGGUCGCAGAUGGAGUCUAUGACACCGCAACAAAUGCGACUAGAUACAACAGAUAGUCAGCUGCUUGAUUCGGUGAUGGGACGACGGGAGGCAGAGUGGCAGCGAGAGAGAGAGGCUGUUAGUCGGGAAAUCCAGAUGGCAAACUCGAGUAAAGUUAUUGUCAUUGAUAGCGAUGCGUUGACUGCUGAAGGCAGCCAAGAUCAUUCCGAGGACAAAUACAAGCAGGGUCUAGAAGCGGAACCAGAGCCAGAGAUGGAAUCUCCAGUGAAAUCGGGACGACAUUUUGAGUCAGAGAAUGGGGCCGUGCCGGGGGCGGAGUCAGGAGAAGACCAGGUGCAAGAGUCUUCCGAUGGGGAAGGGUAUGAAGACAUCUGGCAACAGGAGGCUAACGAUAUGCAUUCGAGCGAUUUUACGCCCCGAGUUGCCCUUAGGCAUGUCUCUCAUCGGCGGAGGAAACCGCCCUCCACCAUUCCCAGUGAUGAAGUAGGGACCAUGUCUCCAGCUUAUUGGGUCAAUGAAAACUACGACGUACCCUUCCUGGGUAAGUCAGAAGUGAGGCGGCUUCGAGAGCAGGAAGUCGAUCUAUCAGUUUUGUUAGGCGCACGCGACACUCCAAAUCGGACCAGGUACUAUCAUGGAAAUUCCACGCCGCAGAGCAUUAUCAGCGGCAGGCAUUCUCCAGUGCGGGGACCGACCGCUAAAUCUUUCCGAGGCCAUGGCGAUGGAAGCCCGCGCGUUGAAGACCGUCCAGCCCUGAGUCCUAUCAGUGAGGACGUACCGCGACAUGAUGCUGUGGACCUUGAGGAAAAUAAUCUAUCGGAUCCUGACAGAGAUGAUAACGCGAGUGUCUCUAAUACUCGUGAAGGGUCGCACUACAAUUCCCCACCUACUCCAGAGCCCGAGAAAGUUGGAGGUCCUGACACACAGACAUCCUCAUGGUUUAAACGCAUCACUAGCCUUACCCCGGCUUGGCUUAAGGCGCCAAAAGAUGAGCUCCAUGGGCAAUGGCCUGGAGAGGAAAAUAUUGAGGCCGAUCACCCCAAUUUUGAAUCCAUUGGGGAUUUGCGUCGCGAUAUUGAUGACAACAUAGAGCAUCCGGACGCCCAAUCAACGAAGGAUACGUAUAUAGAGAUCGGUUAUGAGGAUUCAGGGUCUAUAGGAGAGCGGACGCCCCCACGACAUGUACAACGGAAACGUCCCCAUGACAAUGACCACUAUGAGGCCACAGUCCGCUACCCGAGUCUAGAACGGGAGAUAGAAGAGAAGCCCACGGAGUCCCGACGACACCUCGCACUUUCGGGGUACUUUAGUGAUAACCACUACGCCACUCUCCGCCGUCUGUAUGUCUUGGCAAAACAUCGUCCGGAGCUAUUUCCUUAUCAUCCGGCCCCUGGGCGUGCGGAUAUCAUUGGUGACUGGAUUUGGACUUCAGAUGGCAGACACGGUGCCCCUGUUACCGAACUACAGUUCGCGAUCGUGGACCGGUUCGUGCAGCAGUUGGCCCUAGCAGACCUGCAGGCUGGUGGAGCUGGUAGAAUUGGGUGGACUGACGCUGAUCUGCACAAGAGACUGAUCAGCAUCAUCAUUGGGGAGCAAAUUCGGGCAGAGCGAAAGGCAAGAGAGGGUGAUGGGGGUGAAUUGUGAGUUUUUUUUUUUGGAUGAAGCCGCAGGCGUGCUAUCUCUACCCAAUGCUGUUCGGGAGCAUGGCAUUUUGUCCUAUGAUUGGUUUAUUAUUUCUUUUUUCUUCUUCUGCUUUUGUCGUUUUGGCGAUCGCAAUUCUGGAGCAUAGCAUAGCAUCUUGGCUGAAGUAUCUGUACUUGGUAAUUUGAUGUCAUAUUGGAGAAGCCCAACAGCCACCGUUGCCG